ACUCAGUCACUUGACUGAGCGCCGUAAAGAUAAACCAACAAUAAACCUGACCCGACUGCGGAGUAGCGUGCCUAAACGAGGACUUGUUGAGAAGAUGGAGCUGCGGUGGUGGUGAAGAUGUCCGGUGGAUGCUGAGAAGCAGCUGUAGCAUCAUCAUCUCAUCCUUCCCAUCCUUCCUCCCACAGCGAGUAAAUGAGUCAACAUGGCCGCAGAGCAGCUCUUCCUUCACAACCACUGAGCCUCGGAAUAAAAGAAUACUCAGAUUAAAUGGCGUUCAUGUCCCGGUUUUCUCGGUCACGGAGCAGCUCCAGAUCUCCGAGCCGAAAAGACUCAGAGCGCUCGUCCCCAAACCUGAGCGUGUCAGAGCUGGAGAGGCUGCUGUGCACGGGAAAAACGGCCUGCAACCAUGCGGACGAAGUGUGGCCACGACUCUUCAUCGGAGAUCAAGAAAUUGCAUCAGAUCGCCGUGAACUGGCCAAACUUGGCAUUACACACAUUCUGAACUGUGCACAGAGCAAGUGGCGUGGUGGAGCUGAGUAUUAUAAGGGGAUGAACAUCACCUAUCAUGGCAUCGAGGCACAUGACUCCCCCACUUUCGACAUGAGUGUCAACUUCUAUCCUGCUGCUGAGUUUAUCCACAAAGCUCUCACAAGUGGAGGUAAGGUGCUGGUUCACUGCACCGUGGGAGUGAGUCGUUCAGCCACGUUGGUGCUGGCCUACCUGAUGAUCAGACAAAACCUGACUCUGGUGGAAGCCAUUAAAACCGUAAAAGACCACAGAGGCGUCAUCCCCAACCGAGGUUUCCUUCGCCAGCUCAACGGCCUUGAUGGCAUCCUGAGAGAGAGCCGUAAGAUGUCACCGCAGAGCUGAAAACACCCUCAACACACACUUGACCUGAGGUGGCAGCUGGUACACAGAGGGAGAUACUGGGACCAAACAGAACAACAUGUCACUUUAUGUUAUGGAGGCUCUGAGUGGUAGCAGGGUUUGAUCAAUAUCAGCAUAUUUACACUUUAUUCAUUUUAUUACGUCUGUUCAGUUCUUUAAUGGAGGGGGGAGCAGGAGCACUGGAAGAUAAAACUCUACAGUCAAGACCCAAGCCCUUUAAGACAGUGAUCCCCAACCCUGAUCCUCAAGGUCCACUACUCUACAGAUAUUAAAUGUUUUCCUACUGCAACACACCUGAUUCCAGUUAAAUAGAUAAUUGACAAGCUCUGCAUAAGUCUGCUAUUGCGCCAUUAUUCAGUCAGGUAUGUUGAAGAAGGUAAACAUCAAACAUCAGCAGAACAGUGGGCCUUGAGGACCAGAGUUGGGGAUCCCUGCUUUAGGAUAUAUAGGACAGUUUUAACACAGAACACUUUAUAUCAGAGAAGAUGAUCAACUCAUUAAUAACAAAGAGGAUUUUACAGCCUGUACUACACAACAACCUGCCUCCUAAAAGCAUUUAGAAAAUAUCAGGGAAACCCUCAGAGGAGCAACAAAGAAUGCUUCUUCCAGGUGAGAUUUACAAAUCAUAUCUGAACAAGUACUCUUAGAAUAAAAUACCACAUUUAGAGGCCAGUGGGGACUAAAGAAUACAAGAAUAUGAAUGUAAAACUGCUCUUUUUACACUUAGAGUGAUUGCUUUCGAUCUAGGUUUCAGGAGCAUGGAUGUAUCAGGAGAUGUACUGAAGAGAGUUGCUGAAUUACAAAAUAGUUUGUUAGUCAUUUGAAUGAUCAGCUUGAAAAGUUAGAAAUACAGUAAAAUAAUCCCAGCAUGAGAUUUGUUCAUUUCUGUAAAGUAAAAAGCUACAAACAGGUGAAGACUGCUUCAGACAGUACGUAUCUGAUAAUAACUAAAGUUCCAGUAGCAGAUAAUUAAGGCUGCAUACUGGUGUUCUGUGUUUGAACCAGACUGCAUGCCUCGUCCCUGAUGUCUAUCUCAGGUAGGUGCAGGUGGUGGGUCCACAUGGCAGCAGCUCUGUGUAGUUUCUUCUUGCCGCUGUGCUCUGUUUUGGUUCUGUUUUAGGUCUAUUUUAUGGUUCCUCCCUCCCUAUCCUGUGGGUGGGGAGUGAUGGAAUAAUGGCGAAUGAGGUAAAAAGGUAGACUGGAGUAGUGUUUCCACUGAUGCUAAUGCAGGCAUUUGAUUGAACUCAGCCACAAAGUGAGGCUCUCAAUUUACCAGUCAAUUUAUGUUCUAGCCUUCACUUACUGUCAUAAGUGUUGGGUAGUAAGUAAAACAGUGAGAGAGUGGAGACAAGCCGUUCCUAAGUGGGAUGGUUACAUCCAGAGUAGAGCCGCUGUUCACUGGAGUAGAAAGAGGUCAGUUUAGGUAGUUUGAGCAUCUGAUUAUCUGGGUGCUUUCAUCUGGAGGUUUUUCUUGUAUACCCAUUUGGGAGGGGGCCCCUAGGUAAACCCGUAACUUGCCUGGAGAACUAAAUAUCCCAUCUGGCUUGGGAGAGCCAUGGGAUCCCCCAGGAGGAGAUGGAAAGUGUUGCUAUGAAGAAGAACAUCUGGGAUGCUGCUUAGCGUGUUUCCACUAUGACCCACAAUUUGGUCUAAUGGAAGAAGAUGGCUGGAAAGUGUUUUUAUUACCCUUAGAAUGAUUUAUAUACAAAAACGACAUGGGUUUAUCUUCUAGUUACAGCAGAAUGGUCCUUAAGUAGCUGUAGAUGGGUUAAAAAAACUCUGGCUCUAGAUUUCUCUACACGGUUAGGGAAGGUGAGGUAGGAAGUAUUUCUGCAAUCGAUGUCUCUAGAUUUUACACUUUUCUG